AUGGCUGGCGUGGGCUUCGAAGAGUUCUCGGUGCCGCCGGGCUCGGAGCUGGCGCUGCCUCCGCUCUUCGGCGGCCGCAUCCUGGAGUCGGAGCUGGAGCCCGAGGUGGAGCUCGUUGGGGGAGCCCUGGGCGACCCGGGGCUCCGUGAGCGAGAGGAAGAGGAGGAGGCGGCCCGGGGCCGACGGCGCCGCCAGCGAGAGCUGAGCCGCCGCAAGUACCAAGCGCUGGGCCGGCGCUGCCGGGAGAUCAAGCAGGUGAAUGAGAGAGUCUUGAACAGACUUCACCAGGUAGAGAGAAUCACAAGGAGACUCAGGCAAGAGCGAAGGUUUCUUAUGCGACUCCUAGAUUCCUACGGAGAUGACUACUGCAAGAGCCAGUUCACCAUUGUCCGGGAGGAUGAGGGCAGUCAAGGCCCUGAUGCCCCCACCCCAGGAAAUGCAGAGAACGAGCCCCCAGAAAAGGAAAGCCUGCCCCCUCCCCCUCGGCGGCCCCCUGAGCCCAGCAGCCCCCCACCUAGGGAAGGCCUCAGCGGAAGAAAAAGACAGAGGGCGCCCAGGGAUGGACGCCGAGGUGGAGCAUCGCUAACUCCAGAGCUAGGCCCGGGCCAGAUCAAAGUGGAGGAUGACUUUGGCUUCGAGCCACAUGAGGCCCUCACCACAGGAUGGGCAGCUCGAACCCCAGACAAACUGCUUUCCUACCCCACUUUGGCCAGCCCUCCCUUUGAUAUUACUCCCCAAUAA